AUGACCACGAAAUCGAAUGCCCCGACUAAGGUGCCGUCCAGUUUGCCGGUGCCAUUCGCGGAGCCACACGGGACAAACGGUUCGUUUGAUACAGAACUGGAUGCUAUGUUCGCCGCCGCGCCGAUUCCCUCGACAACAGCCAGGCCCGUCAAGCCCCAGAUACCCGGCCAGCCAGAGAAAGAAAACGAGGAGCUUACAACAUCUGAUUUGAAUUCAGCCAGCGAAGAAGAGGAGGAAACGGACGCGACUGGUGGUGCAGAAGAAGAGAAUGGACAAGUCGACGAUGAUGUAGAAGCGGACGAAGAUAUCUCAGAUGAAGAUAUGGAUGAAGAAAAAGCAGCAGACAUGGUACUUCGUGGUCAUUUCGACAAGAAACGCAAAAGCAAGGUCAUAUUGGAAGACGAGUACGAAAGUGAUGAGGCAAGAAGUAAACGCACAAUUUUCCUAGGCAAUGUGCCAAUCGCGGCGCUGACGAGCCGGGCUGUGCGAAAAGAACUGCUGCGUCAUAUUCUCGACAUGUCCCCAUACCCAACGUGCACGCAUGUGAUGUCUCUUCGCUUCCGCAGUGUGUCAUUUCGGGCGCCAACCACGGACCUGUCGCAAUCAACAGGCGAUGCACCGUCGAGUCAGGGCAAAGCGAAGCGGCGCGAACGCGCACGGAAAUUCCGUGAGCUCAAAGGUGUCGGCACAGAUGGGGACAAGACCACCCAGCCGCCUUUGACGUCACAGCAGAAGCGAAAAAUCGCCUAUAUCCAGCAGGAUGUGAAUGAGCGUGCAGACGCCGUGAAUGCGUAUGUGCGAAUUGGCGAUCCGGCUCUGGUCCAUCAACACCGAAAAGCGACAGAGCCACUGGAUCUACGGCUUACUGGUGCAAUUUUGAGCACGCUUCUUGCCCGUGCUCUGGAUAAUACGACGUUCCACGAGCGCCAUAUUCGCGCAGAUGUUGUGCGUCCAUUGGCGAUGCACGAAAUCAUUGAGGCAGGUCUCGACAAGAUCCGCACGGCUGAUGGCACGCCGCUGAGCCACGCAAGUGCUGUGGGGGCGACAGAUCCUAAGCGCACAGUGUUUGUAGGCAACCUGGACUUUGAAGCACACGAAGAGGAUGUACGUGCGCUCUUCGAGAGACUCGUGCGUGAGGAGCGCGGUCCACCGCCAGCUGUGCCCAUAUCAUCGCUUCGGCUGGAUGACACGCCUACAGUGGCCUCCACGUCAUCCAUGGCGCCCUCGUCAUUGAUGAAGCCUGGCGAAUGGGUUCAAAGUGUACGGAUUGUGCGUGACAGGGCAACGCAGCUAGGCAAGGGCUUUGCGUACGUCAAGUUCCUUGACCCCAUGUGUGUUGACGAGGUGAUUGCAUUGGCUGAGGCGGAAGAAGCGUUCGUUGCCGCUGGUCGGCCUCAAGGACGUGCACGCUCGACAAGGACCGGAGCACAAGGUGCGGCUAGUGGGGCAGCGGGGGUCAAGUCGAUCUCACUGCAAGAGGGUCAAGAGUUCCGUCGUCGCGUCAAGCUUAAUAAGCGCGCUCUGCGCGUAUCGCGGUGCAAGAGCAUCACGGGUGAUGAGCGAAAACGGACUCGAUCCCAGCAUGGAUCAGAUCCAAGUGCUUCUAGACCACAGACGCCGCCGAAGCGCCCUAUACCAGAAAGCUUAGCACGUGCUCGAGCAAGUGGCGCUCCGACACCGAAUGGCUCCUCGCCUCAUGUACAUGCCAUGCCCGAGAAAGCUCGGUUCCUGUCAUCGUUAUCGAAAGAGCAGCGUGCCCUUGCGAAGAAGAGUGAUCCCGACCGUCAGGCCCGGCGCGCGCAGAAGAAACUCGACAAGCGAAAGGCGCAGAAAGUUGCGUCCUCCAUGGGCCGCGGUCGAGAACGAGUUGCGCUGCCCAAGCGCGGCACGGCAAAGAAAAUCACACGUGCCAAGAGCACACGCACCUAA